AUGGAGCGUAUAAACAGGGGCAUUGGCUCCUCACCCGGAUCCAAUAGUCUCGUCUCCCGAAUUCUGCAAGUGGCCCUCGGACUGUUCGUGACUACGCAAGACAUCCCUCCGCUUUCCGACAAUCAUCGACUCCUACCGUAUGAUUGCGCCUUUGAUACCGACUGUCGCUGGCAAAGCGUUGGAGGGUUUGUCGAUAAAUGGCGCAUCGCGAGGGGCGAGCCGGACAGUCUUCUCUGGUUAGCAGCGACGGGGACAAUGCAACUACCCAUCGAACCGUUCGUACUGGUCGAGCAACGCGGGCAAAAGGUAGAUUCCCUGAUGAGUGACGAAAUCGAAUGCCAGAACGGGACCGCGAAUUUUGCCUUCAAUUAUUGGGCAAUCGGAAAUGCCGAUUUGGAGAUUUGUCUUACGCACCUGGAUGGCACAAAGUUUAACUGUACGGGAUGGUUGAACACACCGGUGAUGCCCGGGAAAGUGUCACUGAAGAUCCCGUCAAUGCAAAGUCCCUUUAAGAUUGAAAUUUCACCGAACGGGCAGACAGGGAUCCUGGCCAUUGACGACAUCAAAUAUGAUGCGGCUCCUUCUACAACUUAUACCACCGCAGCAACGAGUGAACCGCCCGAAAAGAGUACCGCGGUGCCCGCACAGACGACGGAAAAGCCGUUUGAACUUUUGAUAAUCGGAAAUAAGACCGAGCCGCUGUUCGAUCGUCGCAUUGGCGUGAUUAUCAACGAUUCGGCGAAACUGCUGUGCGAUUUCAACGAGGAGUUCGCCUGCCAAUGGGGCGCAGAGGCCGGAAAAUGGGCCAUCGUCAGAGCAGGGGCGAUUCCGUCGCUAGAGGAGGCCAUUCCAACGGGAGCAAAUGGCCCGUCGUUCCCAGCUGCGCUCGUCCUCCAGGGUUCGGCCAUGCUCACCUCCGAUCCGAUACGUUGCCAAAGUGGACCCGGGAAGCUUCUCUUCCGUUAUUGGAGUAACGGAGACGUUCUGCUACAGGCGUGUGCCCUUGGCUAUGGAGUGGAUAGCAAUCGAAUAGAUUGCGUUGACCAAUCCACAAAGACCGGCAUCGAUCCGACGUUGGCCGUAUUCGAUUUCCCGAAGUCUAUCAAAGAACCGUUCACGAUGAACCUCGUACCGCAGUGGCCACGCGGCGUCCAGAAUAAAUACUUGAUCAUUGAUGAGAUCGCCUACAUUGGCGAUUGUGUGCCGCCAUCCAUCACGAAAGCCACGAUUCUACUCCCCACCGGCGUCAUUAUGCCGCACGAGAAGCCCAUACCCGAAGCGGCGCGAAAAACGUUACGGCCGGUGGAUUAUGAAGAGUUUACGGAACUUCCAACGACCAACUCGGCUUCUGCGUCCACUUACCGUCCGAGAUCCACAAAAUAUACGAGGCCAGCGCCUGAUCGGCGGACCUUCCCCUGGCGCACCACAACUAUCCGUCCAGUGGUGCGACCGGAUGAAUAUAUCGAAAUCCCGUCCGGUAUGCCCGCUGGAAACUAUUGCUCGUUGCUAAACUGUAACUUUGAUGAGAACGCAUGUAACUACCUGAACCACGGCUUGACCAAGGUGCCAUGGACACUGAGGAACCGCGGAUAUGGAUUUCCGCUAAGUGCCUCAACCGACAUUCGACCAACGCACAGCAAUGGGCAAUUCGUGUCUGCCGUGCUGUUUCCCGGCGACAUAGCCAUACUCGAGUCACCACGGUUCAACGCGACACGGUCGCUGAAUGUUCUACUCUUUCAAUACUUCCGCCCUAGCCACAUGUCCACGAUUAGGCUCUGCUUGGGCAGUAGCUACACUGGUGUGAUGCGUACCGCUUCAGCCUUCUUACAAUGCCCCUCGAUCCUUCGGUCGGUAACGGCGCGAAACGCACAACGGUGGAACACGGUUCACGUACAGAUUCCACCCGGAACUACCAAUUUCUUCCUCGUGGCGCAGAAUAGUGGACGGGCAGAAGGCCGGGCGGCAAUCGGCAUCGACAACAUGAGGAUGGCCAUCUGCGAUGCCCGACAUUUGGCGGCCAGCGAACUACACGAGAUGUUCGAUCCAUAUGACAUGGAUAUAGAU